GGAAGGGAACCCGCAGCCGUGCUUGCGACUCGGCGACCAAUUUCUUUGUGCUUACGGCAAGCCUGCCACCCGGGGUUCAGUCUAGUUGGUGACGAGCCGCAUACAAAUCCUGACACUGAAGCUGAUAGUACAGGGGCAAAAAAUAUUAGUAAGACGUUCUAGAAGUCUGUAAGAAAUGCAGUGACGGGUUGUCGACAUUUAGUAUUAGCUGGAAGUAGAUUUUUAGUUGUGAUUAUUUAUUUAGAAUAUGAACCUUGCAAUAUCACUUGACAGAGUGGGGUUAAAAGAUGCUACUUUAACGGUGUAAAGUGUUCAUUUCAGAUCAGAUUCUCCUGUCUGAUAGAGUGAUGUUAACACCUUGUCAACCUGAUUAGACAGUUAAGUUCGGCACUUAUUUAUAUGGAGAUGCGUGACGUAAUAACCACGUGACUUCACUAUCUCUUAGGUUGAGGCCUUAGUGUUGGCAGAACGACGUGCCGAGUAUGAUGAACGGAUCCCUCUAUGAGGAUAGCCCGAGCAGUCGGCCAACUUUGGAAGCGGUGCCGUCAAGCCAGUCUGUUCCUCUCCACAUUCCCGCCAAGAGAAUUGCAAACGGUUUACCAGUAUAUCCAGAAUAUAAUGUGGAGAACACGACUUCCGUAAUCCGACACGGACCUAGUGGUCAACCGUGGGCCUAUACCACAGAAAGUCAUACUGUUUUCGACCCCCACCCUCAGUACAAUCAGACUUUGUGUAACGCCCCAACCUACUACUAUAAUGAACACCCAGUCAGGACGGUGGGCCCGGCAGAUAGAAAGCCAGCUAUUAAGUUCUGGACGAACACUUACGACCGAACGUCCCCGGGAUCCAGCGGCGUGGCUUCUAUGGACUCGUAUCAGAGUUUUGCUCCUCAGACUUGGUGUGGCUAUACUCCAUACCAUACUCGAAUGCCCGGCCAUAUGGAGCCCCAUACACCCCAACACGUGCCAUAUCUUGCUGCUGAUGACCGAGGACGGGACAAUUUCCCUUACCCUGACACCUAUGGAUUUCGAAACUUCGGCGGAGUGGAAACGCGCGGCCCAACGCAUUACUUCCCUGAAGUUUCAUUCAAUGGAGAAUCUUUUACUGGAAAUCCUUUGGACUGUUCGGGAACUAUUACAGUUAGAAAGAAAAGAAAACCGUAUUCAAAAUUUCAGACACUUGAAUUGGAAAAAGAAUUUUUGUUUAAUGCUUAUGUAUCAAAACAAAAACGAUGGGAACUGGCUCGUAACCUGAAUCUGACGGAACGGCAGGUCAAAAUUUGGUUCCAGAACAGAAGGAUGAAGAACAAAAAGAAUGGGCAAAGGAGUGGAGACAACCAGAACCAGAACACCCAAGUGAACGCUAAUACAGAGGUUGUUCCAAACAUAGCCAAAUAAAAGUUCGAAUAUUUCAAAAUUAACGUCAGAUUCGUGUCGUCAGACCUAAAACUAAGCGAAAAAAUUUGAAAAAAAAAUUCAAAUUAGUUUGAAUAACGUGUGGUAAGAAGAUGCGUUGAGUUGAAAAUCUGGGAACACGAAACCCACAGAUUAUAACCUCUCUACUUAUGUUUUCCAGCGAAUUUUCAACUAUAGCUAAACCUCCCGCUUUCGUUUUCUUGUGGUCUGAAAUAUAUGAGUUUCAAAAGAAGAUUUUGAGGUUGAGAUUUUGUUCAAAAUACCAGAAAAUUAGCUGCAAAUUUCCAAACGAUAGAAAACGAAUUUUACUUAGAGAAGUAUUUAAAAACAACUACAAGAGUUUGAAAGAUGUUGACAGACGGUCUGGGUUGUAUAAUCUACCUCAUGAGCCAAGAUUACAAAUCGCUAUUUUUUUUGUUUGAAGAUAUUCAAUAUGUAUAUUUAGAUCUUUUUAAGUUAUGUGUUUCAGUAUUUGAAAUCUAAUGAGAAACAGUGUUUAUAUGAUUUUAUCACAACUUUAAACGUUAUUGAAUAAAAAAAAUGGAGGUUCGAGAUAAUAUUUGUCUUUCAGUUAGAUGAAGAGUUGGGAGCUUUGUGAAUGAGGAAUUGUGUAAGAUGUUUUAGUGCUAAGCAAAAAAGAACACCUUCAUUUGUCCUUCGUUGUAUUCUUUAUUGAAGUUUUUAUUUUCAGACGCAGUGACCUGUCCUAGUCACGGGAAGAGGUAGUGAACAACCCUGGAUUCUGUCACUUUGUGUGUUGUUGUUUAUUAUUAAGCACAAAGGGCUAUUUAUACUCUGCCCACCACUGGUAUCGAAACCCGGUUUCUAGCGGUAUAAGUCAGCAGACAUACCGCUGUACCACUGAGGGGCCACUUUGUGUGCACUAUGUGUGUGUGUGUGUGUGUGUGUGUGGUCCAUGAAGGACAUUACAAUCUCGCUACACACGAGUAAGAAAGACAUGUGGAUAGAGCACGUGACCAGAUGUCACUAGUUUGUUCCUCAUGACAUUAACACCAGGGUACGCUGUGGUAGUGGCCAUUAAUGUGUUAAUACCACAUUUUACGUAAUAAACGAUUGUCUUUCUGUUGCUUCUUUACAUUCAUUGAACUUGUAUUUUCACCUUGUUGUCUUGUUUUCAAGUGUGUUGUAACAGCAUAAAAGUAGAGCACGUGCAAUUUUAUAAUUUCACCUUCAAAUUUGGAGUUUGUUUUUGAGUGAUACAUUGAGUACAGACUCGAGCUAUACAGAGUAACUGUCGCUUCAUCUGUACUGUGAAAGGAAUUUAAUAAACGUUGUUCAAUGUAUUAUUUUUCAAGUUAUAUUUAUUUAACUAAGUUACAA